UAAACCGAAAGCACGGUACUAUACAUUUCACCAAGUUUCACACUCAUGGAGAUCCACAUAGUUACCGGAAUGGUUCCUAAUGACAAUUCUUGGAUGCUUGGGUUUUGCAGCUCUCUCCGCCAUUGUAACCAUGCUGUUGUGUUGCUUACAUAUGAUUGGAUGCUACUCUGGUCCCGUCAUGUCAUUUGGAGCCAGACACGUGUAUCCUAAGGGACCACUCUGUACCUGCCGAGAUUAUUGUUGUUGCUGCUGUAGAUGUUGUAAAUUCUGUAAGAUGUGCUGCGUUGGUGAUGAGGGUGACGGCGAAGAAAACAUUGAUGAAGAAACGAAACUUUCAAUGAUCAAAAAUGAAGACGAUAAUCAGUACCCUGAAAAAUCCCCAGAAGUACAAAAAGAGGGAAAUAAUGUGGAUCACAAUAAAGGAAAGAAAAGUGUUCAACAAGACAAAACAAGUGUGAAUAAAGGACAAACAGCAGGUCCGGAGGAGGAAAAAUGAGGAUUAUUUUCAAUACAUAUACUAAUAUUGAACAGGAAUAGUUGUGUGAACGGUUAAUAAAUUAAUAGGUAAGAUUAAAUUAUUCAAAAUUAUGCUAGACAUAAGUCAGAUGUUUCAUCAUAAUGUAUCUGCCUUUGUCAAUUUAGUACUGACAUCUACUGUGAACAAUUAUGUAUUGACCAGGGGCCAGAGGUAUUCUGUCGUUACUGAUCUACUACACAUGUUCAUGUAUUAGUUCGUUCCCUGAUUAUAUAAGUCAUUAUCUGAAACCUAUCUAAGUAGUUUGCAUAAUGGUCAGUGUAACCUUAUCUUGUUUUAAACAGCCGAAUCUAUUGCCCUUAAAUGUGUGCAAGACCAUGUUGAUAACUCAUGUAUACUUCAAUCAAUGUUUACCUGUUAGUUAAUAUGUAUAAGUACUUCAUCAGUUAAUAUCAGUUCCUGAAUGCCAGAUAGGAGAGAGGCUAGUCUCCACUGGCGGGACCCCCGCUCGCUUGCUCGGGCUUUUGUCAGAGCAAGAACAUCUCAACUCUGGUCAACUUAUUAAAUUGUUACAAGUUUUCAUUUUACUGGCGCCGUGACCUCGGACACAAUUGUGAUACAAUUACCGGUCGUUCAUUGUCAACUCUACGAUUUCUACAUUGAAAGAAACAUUUAACAAGUUUUCAUCAUAUUUGUUACCAUAACACGUUUUUCAUCAUACUGGCGCCGUGAUUCAAACAAACCUGUCAGUCAACAAUGAAGAAUCAACAACCUACAGGGAAAAAAAACAACACCAACUUAUGACCAUUAUGCCAUGUGAUUUGUCUGAGGAGGUACCCUUUGAAGAGUGUUUAUGAACUAAGCUGUGUCUUUUUUUAUUCAUCAUAUUUUUUAUCAUCGACGCAGAAAUUCUCCUUUACAUUACAACACGGAAACUUAUUAUAUGUUAUCUAUUAGUCAUGGUGGGUACCCAACGUGGUUGUACACUGGGUUUUUAAAUGUUAUUAAUACUCUACCAUAUACUAUGUAUUCAUCACAUAUACAACACGCUGAUGUUUGGAAAUUAGGCCUGAAGCAGUUAUAAUGGCAGGAGCAAUCUACGUUUAAUCUUUUUUCUCAUCUGAAGCAUAAACUUAUCUAUUUACAAAGAACUCUGUGAAAAUUAUUUUUGAUCAUCUGUCUCAGCCAUGCAGUGUGCGAAGAAUCAUCCCUGAUAGAAAAGACGGUAGUACGUCAGAUUCAGGACUUCCAUUAUCUUUCAUCAUUUGUUAUAAUUGUAAUUACACAGCAUACUAUUCACAUUUUUAUUGGAUUACCAUCUUUUGACAUUUCCAUUGGAUAUCGGACAUCCGGAAUGGACAUUUUGAAUUCUUAAAUUUGUACUGUUUAUUAUCUAUAGUUAGUUUCCUGGUAUAGUAUAUCAUCAUUAAUUGAUGUCUAAUUAAGUUUUUGAACCUAUAUCUAAUUUUACCUUUAUAAUUGAGAAAUCAUUUGCUGUUAUCAACUCUGAAACUUCUAUAUUUACAUUUUAAAUACAAAUAUGUAUAUAAGAAUAUUUUAUAUAUCCCUUGUUAU